AAAUCGCCUCCUGCACGUGUUUUGGUGAUUCUCGGCCGUAUUUCAUUAUUUUCAGCUUAAAAAAUGGAAAAUAGUGAAAAAAGCAUGGAUGUCGACGUGGUAGCGCUGCCCGCCGAAGAGAACGCCUCCAAAAAACGCUCCAAACGGCCGCCAAAAUCGAAACAGGAGCUACGCCGUGUGUUCAUACCCCGAUCCCGAAAAGGAGCCCUGAAGGAGCAGUGGAUGAAAAUAUUCACCCCAGUUGUAGAACAGCUGCAGCUGAAGAUUCGCUACAACAUCAAAACAAGUCACGUUGAAAUUCAGCCAACGCCUGGCACACAGGAUCAAUCCUACCUACAGAAAGCGGCCGAUUUCGUGCGGGCUUUCGCGCUCGGGUUCGAGGUGGAAGAUGCACUAGCCCUGAUCCGUUUAGAUGAUCUGUUUAUCGAAUCGUUCGAAGUAACCGAUGUAAAGUCGCUCAAGGGUGACCACUUGAGCCGAGCGAUUGGCCGGUUAGCGGGCAAGGGUGGACGCACCAAGUUCACGGUGGAAAACACGACCAAAACCCGGAUCGUACUACAGGACUCGAAGAUUCACAUCAUGGGUAGCUACAAGUACAUCCAGCAUGCCAAACGUGCCCUCAGCCAUCUGAUUCUUGGUUCACCGGCGAGCAAGGUGUACGGUAAUCUGCGCAGCGUUGCCGCUAGCCAGAACUCGCAACGGAUGUAAAGCAGCGAGGCGUCACGAUGUUUGCAGCAGGGGGAGGAUUCGGGGGAGAUUAUUAUAUUUUCAUUAAAUAAAAUUGAUGGACACAUCUU